AAACUAUAACUUAAACAUUUACCUAACUGGGACCAUGGCAUCUCCCGCCAAACUAUAACUUAAACAUUUACCUAACUGUAACGUUACGACACGAGUCUAUUAGUAGUUUGCAGAUGAAUUACAUACCUCCAACGAAACUACAGACCAUGGCAUCCCCCGCCAAACUCGACGAAGAUCAGGUUGUGGUGGAACGUAAAUUAUCUGCCAGAGUUUUGACAUUGAACAGACCCAAGCAAUUGAAUGCCCUCUCUUAUUAUAUGGUAUCUAAGCUACUAGAAAUAUUUCAUGACGACGAGGGAAAUUCUGAUGUUAAAUUGGUUGUUGUUAAGGGAAAUGGAAGGGCAUUUUGUGCUGGUGGUGAUGUUGCAGCCGUUGUUCGUGAUGUGAGAGGAGGUGAUUGGAGGUUUGGUGCAAUAUUUUUGGGUACUCAAUAUAAAUUGAAUUAUUUUAUGGCAACAUAUAGUAAGCCUCAGGUUUCUAUUCUUAAUGGCAUUGUCAUGGGAGGCGGCGCUGGUGCUUCUAUGCAUGGAAGAUUUCGUGUCGUUACAGAGAAUACAGUCUUUGCAAUGCCAGAAACAGCUUUAGGAUUAUUUCCCGAUGUAGGCGCCUCGUAUUUCUUGUCUAGACUAGCUGGAUUUUUUGGAGAAUAUGUUGGUCUCACAGGUGCUAGGUUGGAUGCUGCAGAAAUGCUUGCUUGUGGUCUUGCAACACAUUAUGUCCCUUCAUGGAAAUUAUCGGUAUUGGAAGAAUCAUUAUGCAAGGUGGAAACUAGUGAUCCAGUUGUAGUAUCUGCAAUUAUUGACAAGUACUCAGAGCAGCCUUCCCUUAAAGCGGAUAGUGUUUAUCACAGGAUGGAUGUAAUCAAUAGGUGUUUCUCUAGGAAAACAGUGGAAGAAAUAUUAUCUUCUCUUGAAACGGAAGCCACGAGUAAGGCAAAUAGUUGGAUUUCUUCAACUCUUGAAACCUUGAAGAAAUCAUCUCCAACAAGCCUUAAAGUCUUCCUUAGAUUGAUUAGAGAAGGAAGGCUCCUAGGUGUUGGUCAAUGCCUUGUUCUUGAGUACAGAAUUGUUUGCCAUUUCCUACAAGGACACCACAGCAAGGAUUUCUACGAGGGUUCUAGAGCUAUACUGAUAGAUAAAGACAGGAAGCCAAAGUGGGAGCCUUCCAAAUUGGAGCUUGUGAGUGAUCGCGACAUCGAGCAUUACUUCUCUAAGGUUAAUGCAGAAGGAUGGAAGGAUUUGGAGUUUCCCAAAAGGUUCAACAAGUUACCUGCACAUGCUAUUUCAAAGCUUUAAGGCAUCAAUAAUCUCAUCUGUUGAGUCAAAAAGUGUAGAAACCAAGGAAUAAUCACAACAUUAAAUGGAUUCUUGAAGGUUGAGUAUAGCUUUGUGAAUUGCCACCUUACAAGUUGAUUAUAUAUCACGGAUUGAUAUAAAAAAUAAACAAAUAGUAAGAUUAAAUUAAUUGGUAACUGCAUAUAGUAUGUGAUGCAACAUUUGAACAUAAACUAUUUAUAUAUUCUUUCACAAUAAUUGGAAAUUGUCACUAGCUACUACUUGCACGUUUGGUAUAUACGGUGGCAUGAUUCUUUGGCAUUACUACUAGCACGUUUGGAUGUCAUAAAAAUAGUAUAUAACUUAGUACUAUCAAAAUAUUUAUCUGCUAAAAAAUAAGGAACUGGAAAGGACAAUUCCUGUUGUACUGUGUUUGAUUUUAAAAUUGUUCUUGGUACUGGACAAACUGGGGGCCAAGGGACAGGACAAAACUUGAAAUUCUUGUCCCCCACAGAACCACGGGACAACUUUUUGUCCUCAACACAAGUUGUCUAAAAUACCAAAAUAACCUUUUGUCCACCAAACAUCGUACAACACAAAGUUUGUUCAAUACCUUAAAUGUUUGUCUUGUGCUGUUCUUUCUUGUACUGUACUGUUCUGUCCAGUAUUUAUA